GGCAGCGCUGAGCUCUGCUCUGUGUGACAGCGACAGGGCCUGAGGGAACGGCGUGGAGCUGUGCCAGGGGAGGGACAGCUGGGAGUGGGAGACAGGUUCUGCACCAGAGGCCAGUGGGCAUGGAACAGGCUGCCCAGGGCAGCGGUGAUCACACCAAGCUGCUGGAGUUCAAGAAGCAUUAGGACAGCACUCGCAGACAUAGGAUCUGAUUUUUGUGUGGUCCUGUGUACAGCCAGGAGCUGGAGUUGAUUACUCUAAUGGGUCUCUUUCAACUCAGGUUAUUCUAUGGUUCUGUGAGAUAACUUGCAGCCAAAACGCCAGGCAAAAGGCCACACCUUAUCAUUUCCCAGUCUCCUUCCUUCCCCCAUCCCAGUCACAGUACCUCCACUCUGUGCUCUCAAAGUGAUGCCUUUGCCGUGCACGAUUUCAUCUUCACCUGCCUUCUGAGCAGCAUCAGGGGCCAUCCUCAGCCUCGGGGCCAUGUGCUCUCAAGUUAGUACCUCCACAUCAGAAGCAGAACAUCCCAACACAGGAACACACUGGGGAUUAAGCAUUAAAUAGUUAGAUGACCGAGAAUGCGAUGCACUUUGAUCAGUUAGGUUAUUUAUGAAGUUCAUCAGUACAAACUCUGUAUCAGUGCAGAUCUUAAUCUUCUUCCAGAACUACUGGAGGUACCGAGCUAAAAUCAGCAGAAAGAAAGACUGAAUUGGACACAGCACUGUAAUUUUAGUAGGGCAUCAGUACUUCUGGUAUGCUAAGAUCUACUUGUACGGUAGCAGCGACAGAAAAGUAAAACAACAUGAGCGGAAACAGAGUGAAGUUUUAUACGAACUGUUUCAACAGGAUGUUAUGCUUCAUUGUGGGAUUGCAUUCUUAGCUCGGCAGGAAGCAAUCUGUGUUUGUCCAGCAUCUGCAGCCCUUUGCCGAGGUGCCACCCUGCUCGCUAACAGUGGCAAUAACGAGUUACUCAGAGAUGUCCUCCAGCAGACAUCAGGCUCCGCCGACGGUGCCCACCGCCCACCAGCGGAGCCCCGUCGGGCGGGCACGUUCCCUUUAUCGUGGCCAGAAGGGAGGGCGAGAAGAGAAGGAAACGCGGCGGGGUUGUCCGUCUGCAGUCUCCCAGACCCGAGGAGGCUCCGGGAAAGACCCCCAAAGCGCGUAUUUCUGCUUUUCCUAUUUUUCCAGGUCUACGUACGAAGGUAUUUUCAUUCGGGCGCCCCAAGCUUCUCAGCGCUUCACCAGCGCAGCCCCGCCGCCCCGCAGCCGGCCCGGCCCGCUGACGCGAGGGGCGGCGCUCCCGUGGGCCGACCGACGCGGGGCGGCUCUGCCAGCGCCCAACGGGGCGGCGGGCCGGGGCCGGGCGGCGGGAGGAAGCGGCGCGAUGGGGCCGGCGGCGGGGGACGCGGAGCCGGCGGCGGCGGCGGCGGCGGCGGCGGGGGGCGGGCCCUGGCUGCUGCUGGCGCUGCCGCCGCUGCUGCUGCUGUUGGCGCUGGUGGUUCGGCAGCUGUUGAAGCAGCGGCGGCCGCCCGGCUUCCCGCCCGGCCCCGCGGGGCUGCCCCUCAUCGGCAACAUCCACUCCCUGGGCGCGGAGCAGCCGCACGUCUACAUGCGGCGCCAGAGCCAGAUCCACGGGCAGAUUUUCAGUCUUGAUUUGGGAGGUAUAUCUGCUAUUGUGCUGAAUGGCUAUGAUGCAGUGAAAGAAUGCCUCGUCCACCAAAGCGAAAUUUUUGCAGACAGACCAUCUCUUCCUUUGUUUAAGAAGCUGACAAACAUGGGAGGCUUACUGAACAGUAAAUACGGCAGAGGAUGGACAGAACAUCGCAAGUUAGCUGUAAAUACCUUUCGAACUUUUGGAUAUGGUCAAAGGUCCUUUGAACACAAAAUUUCAGAAGAAUCUGUGUUUUUCCUUGAUGCCAUUGAUACCUACAAAGGCAGACCAUUUGAUCUUAAGCACUUGAUAACAAAUGCUGUUUCAAACAUUACUAAUUUGAUUAUUUUUGGAGAACGUUUUACAUAUGAAGAUACUGAAUUUCAGCACAUGAUUGAGAUUUUCAGUGAAAAUAUUGAAUUAGCUGCUAGCGCCUCUGUAUUUUUAUAUAAUGCUUUUCCUUGGAUUGGUAUCUUGCCUUUUGGGAAACACCAGCAGCUGUUUAAAAAUGCAGCAGAAGUCUAUGACUUCCUUCAUAAGCUUAUAGAACGAGUCUCUGAAAAUAGGAAACCUCAGUCUCCUCGACAUUUUAUAGAUGCAUACUUAGAUGAAAUGGAUUGCAACAGAAGUGAUCCAGAAUCUACGUAUUCAAGAGAAAACUUAAUUUUCUCUGUUGGAGAACUCAUCAUAGCUGGGACGGAAACCACAACAAAUGUUUUAAGAUGGGCAGUGUUAUUUAUGGCUCUUUAUCCAAACAUUCAAGGACAUGUUCAAAAAGAGAUCGAUUUAGUCAUCGGCCCAAACAAAAUGCCUACUUUGGAAGAGAAAUGUAAAAUGCCAUAUACCGAGGCUGUUCUCCACGAAGUUCUAAGAUUCUGUAACAUAGUUCCACUAGGUAUUUUUCACGCAACCUCCAAAGAUACUGUUGUACGUGGUUAUUCUAUUCCUGAAGGCACUACAGUUAUUACAAACCUCUACUCUGUACAUUUUGAUGAAAAAUACUGGAACAACCCAGAAGUGUUUUUUCCUGAGAGAUUUUUGGACAGCAGUGGACAGUUUGUCAAGAAAGAUGCAUUUAUUCCUUUUUCAUUAGGAAGAAGACAUUGUCUUGGAGAACAGCUAGCUCGAAUGGAACUUUUUUUGUUUUUCACUUCUUUACUGCAACGAUUUCACCUGUGUUUUCCUCAUGGUGCGAUUCCAGAUCUCAAACCAAGAUUGGGCAUGACAUUACAACCACAGCCAUACCUCAUUUGUGCAGAAAGACGAUGAAGAGAGGUGUCUAGACUGUGAGGUGGAGUAAAAUGGUCCAAGCUGCUGCCAAGGAGUCUCUUGCCUUCUAUUUCUAAAUGUAUUCAAGUUGGAAGAACAAAAAUGUUAAUGACUUAAACUAUGGUUAUUUGUGCACAAGUUCAUGUCUUCUUUUUACUUAGUUUUCACAAAAACAGCAGACCAAAAACACUCUCAACCAAGAAUAUAAAACAAAUCCUGUGUUUAAAGGUGACCUUUCCACUCCAUAAAUUUGUUUUGAAUCUAAUUUCUGAUUCAGUUUUUAAUUUCUUAGUAAGCUAUUUUACUUUAUUUUACAUAUUUUUAUGACAUAGAGAAUAUGGCUUAAAUUUUUAUACUCAGAUUUAUCUGUAGAAAUCCUGUAUACCCUAUUCCAGCAAAGCUAGAAUAUAUAAUUCUCUAUUAAAUUCACACAGCUAAAAUGAUUUUAAAGGUAUGUUUAAAUUUCUGUAACUGAGAAAUUCUUGACAAACAAGUCUAUAGUUAAAGCAUUUCAAUCCUUCCUUCAUCAUUCCCAGUAUUCCUAUAUGGUCUUCAUUUUCUAGUAAGUCAGAUAACUGUAUGAUUCAUUUUUGAUGUAUUUUAUGGCUUGCUUUUUGUUCAGUAACAUACGCAACGUGUUCCAUUAUUCUCAUGCUCCUGACAAUUACAGAAAUGCACUUUGCUUGUUAAUUGCAUUUCCAGACACAUCCUCCAUUUCCUCCCAACACAAAGCAUUACAUAACAAUUAAGCUCUGCCUCAGUAGUCUAAAAAAAAGUGUUUGUGUUACAAAAGUCAAGUGCAGCUGUACUAAGAGUCUGCUCAUGAGUCUGGCAGAAGAGACCUUGUAGGAAGGAAGGAGAAAGUAGGGUAGGGAGAAACAAAUUUUAACUGGAUUUUAAGCUCAGGUUCUAAGCAUAAAAGCUAUUUGAUUUCUGGUAACCCUAUUUUUGAUCCUGCUUGCAAGCCAUUGCUUUAUGGUUAUCGGUAGAAUGUGACAGUGAGUGCACAGCUCUGUGGGUAGUAGUGGGACUUCAAAAUAAGGUUCAGAAAAACACACGUGCUGAGGGAACAGCUAUUUACAAACAAGGCUUAAUAUUGAGUCUUGCUGUUUUCACACCUUUUGCUUUGACUUGGAGCUGCAGGAAAGUUCAAAGGCAGAAAUUUGACAUUUUUCUUCUCACGUGAGGUUUUCAGUUCAUAUUGAGCAGAAAUACUUCCCUUCUUUUGAAAUAACAACUGAAAAGUGUGAAAUACAGCUAGUAUCAGUCCAUUUACAUAGACAUGUAUGGACUUAAGAUGCAGCAGAUCCAACUUAAAUUACUCACCAUGUCUAAGGAUGAGAUGAGACGUGUGUCCAACAGAGAACAUCUCAAAAGCAUGUUCCUGGUGCUCUGAAAAGGGAAGAGUAGCAACUCUUCUUGCUAAACUACAUUUCCUUAGAGAUUCGUGAUUUCAAAAGGAGAGGAUGAUUAUAAACCUUACUCCUGUGUAUUUGACACACCAUGAAAGCUGCAAAUAAUCUGUUCCUAGGAUUUUUGCAUAUAGAACGAAUACAGAAGACAAAGCUGCUGAGCUUCUCUGUCCAGACUGUGGCUUUCUUUUCUUUCUUUUUUUUUUUUUUUCCAACUUAGAAUUAUAGUAAUAUUAUUAUAUAUUUUUCCAACUUAGAAUUAUCCAAAGAUCCAAUUAAACCAUUUGAAAUAUGGGUAUAAUUGUUUUUUCCAGUUCUCUGGUAUUUCUCUGUCCUAUUAAGAUUGAUUUGUCAUGAACACCAGUAACUGGAUUUAUGUUCAGAAUUUCCUGGUGACAAUUUUUAAAAAAUCUAAAACAUCUUGCAUAACUGGCUGCUACUUACAUUCUUUUCGGAUUUAUGUAUUUAUUCUGUGAUAAAAAUACAUGGGUUGAAUUUUUCCCCAAAUACUUGUUCCAUAGUUUAUUUUUUCAUCUUUUUUUUUUUUUUUUUGCCUAGCAUUAUUGUGUUCUUAAUAUUUUUAUUAUUCCCCACAAGGAGUGUUUCAAUAUCACUGGAGGAGAUUGGUGGUUUUUUGUUUGUUCCUAACAUGCUUAAUUAUACAUAUCAAUUGAGAACUCCUUAUCUUUCAACUUUGCUGAUUCUGAUGACUAAUUUUUCUUGCAAUAGAAACGUCUAUGUACUCCAAGCAGGAGAUAAGUCUGCAUCCACAGUGCAGGCAGCAUUACAGUAUUGCACAAGAUGGCGUGACAUGCGCUGACUUUGAGCUGUAGGAAUUUAGCAUAAUCUCUGUGGGAUUCAGUAUGCCUCCAAAUGUUCCUCGCCACUAACUAGACUCAACCAUAACAUGCACACUUAAGGUGAAGUAAUGCAUCUUUUUACAUUUGUUUUGGGGAUCCCUCCUUGGUACUACUGUUGUGCAGGUAAGUUGCCAGUACAAGAUCACUAUUUUAUAUUUAUGUUCCAGAAGUUAUAAAUCUGUAACCAUGAAAAAAGUUCAGUUGAUUUACAUUCAUUUCAUAUAUACACAUUACAAUCUCUCUACCUUACAGCUGGAUGUUUUUACGAGUCAGAUCCAAUAUCAGUAGAAGGUCUUCCCUUUUGGACUCCAGCCUUUUUGGAUGUAUCCAAGUAUAAGUUCAUAUCUCUAUGAGCCAGUGACACAGAAUACAGGAAAAGGAUGAAGGAAAUCCUUUCUGAAAAGCUGUAAUUCUUAAAAGUAGUUGGGAUUCAUGGUUAAACAUGAGCUUUAACUCUGCAGCCAAAAGAUCUCAUGUGACAGAAUAUUGAAUGAAUAUACAGAAACUACAUGUGUAUUUGUUGCUGGCACAAGUAUUCCUUGAAUACUGCGUCCUGAUAUGUUGUCUAUAACAAAAUUUUAAAUGCUUCCAUAGUUGUGUUUCUAUAGAGCUAUAAGAGUAACUAAGAAUAUGUUUAUACCAUGUAUUCUGGCUUACUGCAAUCUACUUCUACUGAUUUAUAAACUGAGCAUUUAUUAUAUGAUCAUAUCAGGGCAGAACUAUGUCCAAGCUAAUAUGCUUUCCUGUCAACAUAAUUUAUUGUUUCAGACUUGGUUGUAUACUGACACUGUUAGUUUUGUAAGUUGGAGACUCAAGCCUGUUUCUAGAAUGUAUGUCACAGAAAUACACUGAAGAACAUACAGGCUAAUCACACAUUCAAGGCAAUUCAUUCACUAGUUUACCAAAUAUAAUUUAAAUGGCUUGAUUACAAUCUACAGCUGUCUAUACAGGGAACAAAAAGCUGGUCUCUUCAGUUAGUAGAAAAGAACAACAAUAGCAGCCAAGCUGAAAUAUCUUUAAACUAGGAACCACGUGAAUAUCUUGAAACCGCUGUAGAUGAGGAGUCAGGUAUAUGGCUGAUAGUGAGAACAGUUACCCAGGAUCAUUAAGGAAUCUUAAAAUCAGCUAAUAGGUAUCCCUCCCAUGCUCUGCUUCUAAUUUGCAUUGCCUUCAGUGUGAUGUACAUGUAACAUGCGCCAUGACGUAAGGUCAUAGUAUUCUCCCACAGCAAUCUCACUCAUCACUUUUUAAAAAUGUACUUUUCUCUCUCAAUUCCAAAUCUCUGCUAACUAUUCAAGAGUUCAAAUGGCUUGAGCUGACAUAGCAAGCAAGCUUUGUCUUGAUUUGGUGUGCAGUUGUACUACACAAUUCGAUCUGUGGUUGUCUGCAUAGUGAAAAUAUGCCAUUAAUGUGCAUAUUUUUAGCCUAAAGGUUUGUACUAGCACAAAUACUAGUGAGUAGAUGAGGGAGAUUAUGCUUCCAAUUAAGACAGCACAUUCACUUGGAAAAGUAACAAGUUCAGAAAAACAACAGUAAGACAAUCAAGUCAUGUAGGAAAAGGGGAGACAAUAAGAUUAUGUAAAUUUUGCAAAAAUGCACUAAAUCAGAAAACAUUAGGACGAAGGAUAAAUAGAAAAAUAAUCAUAAUUGUUUGAGUGCCAGAUCAGAAUUUAUCUUUGGGUAAGACAGACGGAAAAUGAAAACAAGAGAAUAGAGUCAAGUGCAAUGGACUAUUAAAUACAAGCUUGAGAGGGUAAAUUCUCAGCAUAAAUUGGUCUGUAAAGGUACAGACAUGGAUUUUCAUAGCAGCUGAAUGCCUGAGGUUUUAUUGCACCUUAUUUUGGUAUCUGGUAUUAGACAAAGCCUUUGUCUAAUCAAGAUCAAAUUAAACUUCCGCUCUGGAAACAUUUUGCCUUAUUCUGUCCUUCAUACAAUGUGAGGAUCAGCAGAUUCUUCCAUUUCUAGAUUAUCCCUUCAGAUAUUUCUGAAGACUGUCAACUAUCUCGAUGUCAAUGUGAUUAGAAUUAGGCAGAACCCAUACUCAGAGUGGUCAUUUCUUAGGAAGUCUGCCAGAAUUCAAGGGACAUUAUGUUUGCUACAUUCUCCUGAAUAAGUAACAUUCCAAAUAGAUUAAAUCCAUUAAAAUAAUGGAGCAAAUCAGGAAUGUGCAAUCUAAUCCAAUAGCUUACUAUUACUGCAGCAGAUGGCUGCUUGCCCAAAACUUUACAUGUUAUUUAUAACAGCCUAUAGUAAUGUAACAGAAAACAGAAUACACUUUUUCCUUUGCUGUUUUCACCUCCUGAUUUGCUUGUCUAGGCUAGUACAAAAAUCCUUAAAGGAAAUAUUUCUAAUUUGUAUAAACUGACUUAUCAAAAGUACAAAAAGAAAGUACAUUAUAUACACUAAAAUGCCAUUAAUUUACAUGAUAUAUACAAGAGUUUUUACAUUAUGAUUAAUUUAUUAGGAGGCUUAAUCAAAUUAAUCCCAUUGCUAGUACCCAAACAAGAGGGCCCACACCAAAUAAACUUAUGUUCCCACUAAAGUGAGGGAAAACAAGAUGUCAGUCAUUGUUCAGAUCCCUCACAGGAUAGGCAACACAGAUGGAAUUUCAUACAAGCAAGCAAUGCAAAUUAAGUAGAACAUUGGCUGUGGAUAAAACACUAAAGAAUUUUAGUUAAUUUCUCUCUAAACGCACCCAAGAUUAAGCAGCCCAAAUGCUCUCUGGUUGUCUUUAAUUUGCACAAUAUACUCAGUUAAAAUAAUAGUGCUGGUGGUGCGCAAGCACCAUAGCAUUACUGAAUAGGUCUAAUUUUUCCAGGAAAGAAACUAGAUAUCUACGAACUUUCUUGUGUCUAUAAGGUUAGGAAGUUCAUUUAACUGUUCUUCAUGGGACCAGAAAAACUGAUCUUCAAAGUUCCUUGAAGGCAUCUUCAGGUCAAGUCCCAAUGUAUUUUACAUUACAUAAAGCCAUACUGUUUCUCUCUCAAGUAAUCUAUAAUCAGAAUUGUCACAAUAGAGGGAAAUGCAACAAAUCUCAACAAGGCAUUUCUAUCUAUCACAAAUGAUAGAUACAGGCUACAAAAUAGCUGAGUUCUUCAUGCUAGAAAAUAUCACUGUGUAUUUGAAAAGAAUAAGAACAAUUAAUUGUUGACUGCGAAAAACCUCAGUGCUAAAGUUAAGUUUUAUCUAAAAAUCCCCUCUUGCUAAAGUUGAUUUUCUUUAUAAGUAUAUAAAUUGCAUUAUCUUCAAAAAGAAGAUAACAUGCACUUUCUUAAGCUCUACGGAACCAUAUAGCAUAAUAAAUAUCUAAAAUGUAAUAAGUUUUAGCAACCAAAGCUUGAAUUAUUUAUUUUAAACAUUUGGCUACUGUCUUUCCAUUUAUUCAUACAACAACAAGUUCUCAGAAUCUUAACUUCAGCUGUGCUUCAAACAUUCAUUGGAGAUCCCCUCCUUCUCCUCCAAGGGAUUCUAAAUUUCUCACUCAACAAAUAAGACUGUUUCUAAUGUGAGAUGCAUUACUACUUAAACGCUCAGCAAAUGAAAAGCUUUAAGAUUAUUUUCUAUCAUUGUGUACAUUUUCUUACAAAUGUUUAAAACGAUACAUAUGAAAUCCCAUCUCUGAUGCUAACACUUAAAAUUUAGGUCCAGAAAGGGGGUCAGUAAGUUAUGCAGUUUUCACUCAUCUCACCCAGCAAUAUAUUUUCUCAGAACUGUUUGUCAGACUUCAUAAAAUUUCCUUCCUACUCUAAAGAUAAUCUCUUUCAGUGAGUCACAACUUUCUCAAUCCUCAGACAAUUACUGUCUUAAACGUUAUCAACACUGAAAAGAUUAUUCUGAUUAUUUUGCUAAUUUCUAUAGGAAUUCAAUGAUCUAUCUAACGGACAGAUACUUUUCCUGAAGAGUGGCAUCUGAAAUUAGAAGCAGUAUAUUGGUAACUGUUUACUUACACUGAAUAGAACAAAAUGAUUACAAAUUCAUUCACAAACGCUUCUUCAUUCACUUCUAUGACUGAGAGGAAGCUUAGUUAAAAUAUGCAUCAGAUAAAUUAGCAGUACCACAGAGAUUAAUCAAUAAGAAAGUCCAUUUGAAUGACCACGCAUAAGAAAAAAUUUCCUGCCUAACUGGCACUUCCAAUAAGCAAUAUCAAGUCUUUGGACUGUUUUGUAUAAUAGCUUUAAGCCAAGCAUUAGUCUUUGUUUUAUACACAAGUAAAAUGGGAAAACUUUGAUCUCAUCCAAGGUGCAAAGGGUUUGCUGAUCUGUAGCAAUGAGUCAGAAGUGAAUCAUCACCUGUUUUUUGGCAAAAUAUUUAGAACAUGGACAAAUCACAAGGUGAACGAUAAGAAUAAUCUGAAACACUAUGCUAUCUCAUCAUUACUUAAAGACUCCAUUGGUUUAUUAUUAAAGCAUUUGUUUCUAUUUUUCUGAAAACUCACAGACAAACCACAUGAUAGAAAGUUUCUGAUCUGCAUAGGCCUUUUAGUUUCCUUGGUUUUGCAGAUAUUAAUAUUCUGCCAGGUAAUAAAGCCUGUGCAUUAGAACCUACCAUAGACACCAGUUGCUAACGUCUGUGAUCUCUCGCAGUGCAGAAACUAAAAGAUGACUCACAGUGUACAGAUUCCAGAAGAAGCCUUCCAGUCAAAAACAUUUGAUUGUGUAGUGCACUUUUUAAAGGGUGCCUGCUGUAUCACGUAGAACUGUGUGUCAAUCCCUUAGGUGUAUUAAACAUCCAUUAUUCAGUAUCCUGAAUGAAUCACAACAUAGCAUUUUAAGUCUGGCAAUUUCUGGACAGACAUUUCCAUCAUUGUGCCAAAGAAAAGCAGACUUACUUUACUGAAACCAUUUUCUUUAGCUUAAUGCUAUUAUUAGCAAAACAAGCAAUUGUUUUUUAAUCUGUUGUUUUAGAAUAUUAAAGAUAACAGAAGUGAGACUAACCAGAAGUAUUAUUUCAAGCCUGAGCCAGAAGUAUCUCAAAGAAGAGUAAAAAUGGACAAUAAAAUUGAACAAUUUGUCUUAAUUGUUAAGACUAAUGUGUAUAUAUACAUAUAUGUCUUGAGUUAGGAGUGGUAUAUCUGCUGGAUUCAUAAGGAUUUUGGAAUAUGCACACUAUGCCAGGAGCAUCACUGCCAACUUCACUGCACUGAAAUGUUUAUCUUAUAGUGGCUUAGUUCAUUAACUUUCCAUCUUGUUUCUUCUGGAAUAUUAGUCAUUAUUCUUUAUCAUUAAGCAGAAGACAGAAUACUAAUUGCUUGUGAUGCCAUUAAACUAAGAUCAGAUAGACCAGUUAAGACCAGUUAACAGACGUGUUCUUUUGCUAUCAUCAUCUCUGAAAAGUCACAGUAUGAUUAUUAUAGCAAGUUGAAGGCUUAAUUCUGGAGAUUCCAAUGAAGGAAAAUUCUUCAUUGCAAAAAUGAAAGCAAUUGAUCAUCUCAUUUGCAUUUACUCAGAGGUGAGAAAUGUAAUUGUUCAGAAACACAGUUCUGAGGAAAGCUGGAGAAAGAACACUGCCUUGAUCAUACUUGCUAUAUCUUUUAGUCAACUUCACAUUUAUUUUCUCCAUGUUUUUUAACCAUGCUAACAUUUAUAAGUCAUAAAAAAAAUCAAUUUUCCUAAACUUGAAUCGCUAAUUCAUUUAUAAUAGUUGUAUUGUUAUUAGCACUAUGACUUAAUUUUCAUUACUAUUAAACCAUAAAAGUAUUGUAUUAAACAAUACAAGUAUCAUGACAGUCAUGUUUCCAUGUUCUUUAAAAUACGAUGAGCUGGCUUGAAAUGAUAACAUUUAAGUCUCUCUUUUGUAUAAGUAAAUAUCUUUUGCAUGUAUAUAAAAUUAUUUACGCCAUGCCUACUUUUUAUUUCCUAGUAUUCAUUACCUACGAUGAUUCUAUCCUACUGUUAGUCUAGUAUCAGGCUGGGAUUCUUGAUCUCACAAUUACUAGCAUAAGACACUUCAAAUCUGCAUCUCUCACAUCUUCUGAAAAAGUUCCAGAUAAAAGGGAAAGUUCUGCCUUAUUAGUUUCAGGCUGUAUUACUUCAAAUUCCUUAUAUAUUCUGGAAGAAUCAGAAGCAAGGGCUCAACUAUAAGUGCCCAGGAGAAUGCACUACAGGUAGAAGUGAGCUCCUGAAUUCUAAUUACUUGUGGUGAUUCACCUGCCACUGGUUGUGUUUGACAGCCAGUCUUGAUGCCCAUGAGAAUGCACUCCAUUCACUUGAAAAGGGUGGUUUGAAAGCAGAGUGAAGAAUUUCUCUCCUCUAGCAGAACCAUCUUUAUUAGCAACUUGAAUGAAAGACAUACAGAGUAAAAAAUGGUUUUAACUAUCUUGCAAAUAAUCUUACUCAAAUACUGUAAACUUGAACUCACCUGAAGAAAUGUUACACCAGUCCUUCCAUUUUGAGUCUUCAACUCACCAUCUGACUUUGCUGUGAAGGAAUAACCCAAAGGAAGAGGAAGCAAGUAGCUGUUCUUGACUGUUUAGUACCACCAUGACAUCAGAGGUCUCCAGAAAUAUAGAGGGAAUUUGGCUCCUUACAGGAAACUUCAUAGUGUAGUUCUGUAUGUACUGUAUGCGUGGGAGUAAGUAAUCCAACCUAUGUUGUAGAAGAGGGCAAUGAGGAGAUGGUAGACUAUUUUGACAGGAAAGGUGCUGUGAAGGCUUUACUUAAAACUGAAAAUAUUGGAAAUAAGGAUAUCUACUGUAGAAAUAUAGCUCAGUGUAAGCUAAUUUAGCCUACUUCUUGACCAAAUGAAGUAUUUGCAUUAGCAAAUAUUUUAAAGGUGUUCUGUGCACUUCUCUGUGCUCCUUAGCAAACCUUGGUAGAUGUGGAAUAGAAGUGUGAUCACAGAUCAAAAUUAGUUGUAACUUCCAGUAGUCUGUCACCAGAAUAAAUGUGACCUGCUUUAUAAGGAUAUGUGUUGCUGACAACAGCUCAAACAACAUUCAAAUAACUCUCCAUCAAUAUUUUUGAAAGAUUAGAGCACUUCAGUUGAAGUUACCUCCACUUCUGCAAACAUGCCCUGAAGCAACCUUUGAUGACAUUAGCUCCUAGGAAAAGAGUAAGCCACGUAUUAUGUAUGCAUAAACAACAGACAUUCUAAGAUGUUUUUGAACACAUUCACAACUAAGUGAAUAAAAUAAAUAAAUAAAAUGAACAAAAUAAAUAAAAGGAAUAAAAAAUAAGAAUAUAAAAUAAGUAAAAUUAAGAUAAAAAACUGAUAGUAAUAAUGACAGCAAGGGGGAAUUUGACACUGAUAAGGUAAAAAAAAAAAAAGCACACCUCAGUAGUCUUUGAAAGUGAUUCCUCAAACAGCUGAUUAGUAGGGGGAGGAAUAAAAAUCUUUCUCAGUUAUUUGAACUGGCCAAAUGCAGAAUAGAUACUAAAUUCUGUGAAACAGCACAAAAUAAUUUAGACAAGAUUAUCUUAGAAAUGUUAAACCUUUUUCAAGCUAACUAAUGUAAAUGUAAACAAAAAUAUGCUAACAUGCAUUAGCAACAUGUGUAGUUUUCUAAUGCCAUUCAUCUGCACAGCAUAUAAAUGCUUAGUAUUAAAAAGUGCACUUUAAGGCUAGCUUUCUUUGUGGCUUGCAUAAGGUGAUUAUUUACUUGCAGUUUAACUUAUACAUUUUUAUUUUUGCCACCAGCACUACAAUUACAGCGUUCCUAAAAUACAUAUUUGUGUGAAUCGUGGAUUAAGUUUCUUAUUUUAAAACUAAAUGAUCUAAAAUCUACUAUAUACAGUGGUGUUUAUCUUCCUAUGAGACUUUACAUGAAGCUUUCACAUUCUGCUUUCCAUAUGUAUAAUUCUGGAUGCAGA